AUGUCCGCGGAACGGGUAGUAGCUGCGCGGCUUGGCGCGGCGCGGGCCCCCGGCGCUGGAGCAGGGGAGCUGGCGGCGGCGGCGGCGGCGGCGGCGGCGGAGGCAGCCGAGCGGCUGCGAGCGCAGCCGGGGCCGCAGAUCGCGCCGCGCACUCAGCGGCCAGCAAAGUCGGAGGCUUCGGAGCUCACUCGUGCAGGGGUAGAGGAUCGGCGCAGAGUCGAUCCCCACGUGCGGCGGGGAGGAAGACGCGCCAGCAAAAUCUCGUCCGAGGCGCUCGUGGAGGGGGGGCUGUGGCAGAGCGCCUUGCGCCGGCGGGCCCUGUCGGACGCCGGUGGUUUCGGCGGCGUCGACGUUGUGAUCUUCGAGGGUGGCGACGACGGCGGCGUCCGCGGGGGCGGCCCGGGGGCGGCGGCCGAGCCCGGCUCGUCGAGCAGCACGCGCCUCGUGCCCGCCGCCGGCGCCUCCUGCCACGAGCUCGACGAGAUCGCCGUCGUGUCCACCAACGCCGACCCGUGCCACGUCAAGUAUGGCAGCGGCUCCCUCACCGCCGUCAACGGCCCCCGCCUCGUGCCAGGUAUCAUCACGUCAUCGGGGCGCAUCGGCGAGCGGCUGAGCGCCUCUGGUACGCGCCUCAACUCGUCCAGCCCUGUGCCUUACGGCGGCGGCGGCGGAGGCAACAAGAGCAGCACGGAGAGCGUGCGCGGCCUCAAGUCCGUCUCGCGCCAGAGCCUGCUCGACAUCGUCAGCUGCCGCUUCGGCGUCGGCCGCACCGCCCGACAGCAACAUCAGCACACAGGGCGGUCGUACUUCUCGUCGUCGCGGGAUUCGCUGUCGGCGGCGUACGUGAACCGCGCGGCGGCGGUGUCGACGGCGGCCAGCGAGCUGGACCUGUCGCGCAAGGCGCGCCGGCGCGAGCUGCGCGGCCGCCUCAAGCUGCCGCCCGCCACCGCCGCCUUCGCCAAGUCCGCCGCCGGCUGCGGCGCCGACGCGCCCUCCCUGCUCGGCCGCUGGGGCGAGCGCGCCUCGGGCAGCAUGGGCCCCGGGGGCGGCGCGUGUGGCGGCAACGGCAGUGUGAGUCCAGCGAGCGCGGAGCGGCUGCAGCAGCGCCACCUGGGCUACUACCCGCGGCUGCGCGCCGGCGCGCCCAACUGGUCGUUCGUCUUCGACCCCGCGGGCCGCCUCUGCUACUACUGGUCCAUGGUCGUCUCGCUCGCCUUCCUCUACAACUUCUGGGUCAUCAUCUACCGGUUCGCCUUCCAGGAGAUCAACGGCGAGACGAUCGUGGUGUGGUUCUGCCUCGACUACCUGGCAGACUUCCUGUACCUGGCCGACAUCGUGUUCCACUUCCGAACGGGGUACCUCGAGGACGGCGUGCUGCAGACGGACUCCACCAAGCUGCGCCACCACUACAUGAACUCCACCACGUUCUACAUCGACUGCCUGUGCCUGCUGCCGCUCGACUUCCUCUACCUGUCGAUCGGCUUCAACUCCAUCCUGCGGUCGUUCCGCCUCGUCAAGAUCUACCGCUUCUGGGCCUUCAUGGACCGCACCGAGCGGCACACCAACUACCCGAACCUGUUCCGGUCGACCAGCCUCAUCCACUACCUGCUGGUGAUCUUCCACUGGAACGGCUGCCUGUACCACAUCAUCCAGAAGAACAACGGCUUCGGCAGCAAGAACUGGGUGUACAACGACAGCGAGAGCGCCGACGUGGUGAAGCAGUACCUGCAGAGCUACUACUGGUGCACGCUGGCGCUGACCACCAUCGGCGACCUGCCGAGGCCGCGCAGCACCGGCGAGUACGUCUUCGUGAUCGCGCAGCUGCUCUUCGGCCUGCUGCUGUUCGCCACCGUGCUCGGACACGUCGCCAACAUCGUCACCAGCGUCAGCUCCGCGCGCAAGGAGUUUCAGGCGAAACUGGACGGGGUGAAGACGUACAUGCGCAUGAGGCGGGUGCCCAGCCACCUGCAGGUGAAGGUCAUCAAGUGGUUCGACUACCUGUGGCUGACGCAGAAGUGCUCCGACGAGGAGAAGGCGGUCAGCUGCCUGCCAGACAAGCUGAAAGCGGAGAUCGCCAUCAACGUGCACCUGGACACGCUGAAGCGCGUCGAGAUCUUCCAGAACACGGAGGCGGGCUUCCUGUGCGAGCUGGUGCUGCGACUGCGACCCGUGCUCUUCUCGCCCGGCGACUACAUCUGCCGCAAAGGGGAGGUCGGUAAGGAGAUGUACAUCGUCAACAGGGGCCGGCUGCAGGUGGUAGCGGACAACGGCAAGACGGUGCUGGCCACGCUCAAGGCGGGAUCCUACUUCGGCGAGAUCAGCAUCCUCAACAUGGGCACCGCAGGCAACCGGCGGACGGCGUCGGUCCGGUCGGUGGGCUACAGCGACCUGUUCGUGCUGAGCAAGAAGGACAUGUGGGACGUGCUGAAGGAGUACCCAGCGGCCAGGGUGCGCCUCGAGGCCAUCGCGGUGAAGCGGCUGGAGAAGUACAAGCGCGCGCCCCUCGAGAAGGCGGCGAUGGGGCGCAGCCAGUCGACGCCGGGCCUGGUGGAGUCUCGCGGCCGCAUCCCGCUGGAGGACAUGUGGGUGUCGCCGCUGGAGCCGCUGCUCACUGGAGGCUCGUCCUCGGGGCCGCCGCCCUACUCCGCCAACUCGCUCUUCAGCCCCGCGCUCAGCCCCACCUCCCGGUCGCUGGCGCCGCCCCUGCGGCCGGAAGAGUCUCCGCUGUCGGCCACGUCCAGCCUCCACUCCUCCGACGACGAGCGCCGCGCGCCGGGGGCGGCUUGUCCCGGCGCCACGGCCGUCCCCGCCUCCAGAACAGGCCGCAGCACGCGAGGCUACGGCUCGUGCGAGCCGACGCUGGCGCCGCCGGCGGCCGCGGGCGUGCACUACGGCGCCUCGACGACGCCGACGCCGCUGCUGGAGACGACGCCGCUGGUGGCGUCGUGCGCCAGCGAGCACUCCUCGGCGUCGCCCAUCAGCGCGGACCUGCCCGCCGCCAGAGCCGCCGCAUACGCCGUGGCCUGCGCGACGGCGGCGGCGGCGUCCAGCAGCGCCGGCCCCGAUCCCGGCGGAGGCGGCACUGCGGGGGCGGCCGCCGGCGCGGACGACGGCGGCAUGAUGUCACACGAGGCCUUAAUCGCGGAGAUCAAGCGUCUGCGCGAGCGGCUCAUGGUGCUCGAGACGGAGAACGCGUCGAUGAGCAUCAAGCUGAGCCAGCAGCAGUGGGAGGUGGAGCACCGCCUCGCCGAGAUCGAGAUGCAGAUCUGCGGCGCGUCCAGCGGCGGCUCCAGCACCGAGGACAACGAGCGCAACCGCGAGUCCAUCAUUUAACAGGAGCGCCGGCCGGGCGGCAGCGUUCGCCAGCCGCCGCCCGGACCCGCCGGCGCCGUCACCAGCGCCCGCAGACCGCCGCCCUGCCGCUGCCGCCGCCGCAGCUGCGGCGCCCGCUGAGGAGCAGUGGCGACGGCGCUCACACUCGUGGCCGAGUACGGGACCAACGCUCAGUCUGCACCUAAGCAGUGGCGUCUCUUCUGCAACGACACUCGACAGUGGACGACUGUACGGCUGUGACAGCCGCCAACUCCUUCAUCGACUUCUAUGCUAUUGUCUCGUUAACUUAAAAAAAAAUAAACUUUCAGAUAAGUAUUUUAAAUAAUCCAGAAAAAAAACAAUGAUCUUCCUGGGUGUCAUAAAAGAACUGUACUCUUUGUAAUCCACCGUCGGAUGAUAUGUAAAAUACUAUGUAUAGAGGUAUAUAAUAAUAAUAAUAAUAAAUAAUAAUAACAAAAAGUUAAAUUAUUUUCUGUGAUACACGCCAGGAAUCUGACAAUAUUCCGUGGGUGAUUAACUGCCAAAAGAUAUAUAAAGUCCUUAAAAUAAAGUUUGGCAAAAAAAAAAAUAAUGCACUCUGUUUGAUGUAAUAUUUGAUUCCGGUUCAAAGUAAAAAUUGUGCCGACCCAUUCGAUUAGCAACGAUGCUCUCCAGUCCGUGUUGUCUGUUAUCUUGCAUUCUUGUUUAGAAGGCGCUUUGUUGCAAAGUUGGUUGCUUGAGGCUCUGCUUGUGAACACACAGCAUCGCCAAGAGAGAUUUUAACGAGACUCCCUGUAUUGAGUGGAAAAUAUUUUUUAAAGAGUUAUCCCUCUGCGUGGUGCUUCAUUUGCAGUAAAUGUACCUUUGUAUAUAAAACUAUAUGUAUACACAGCAUUUAAAAACGAAUAAAUGUUAUCAUGGAAAACAUACAAUAAGUUCCAAGGUUCUAAGAUGUUCUGGCAUAGAGUUAUAAUAA